AGAAAUGUACCGAGUGGGGCUAACUGAAGACAGCUUGUAUCAGAAGAUAAAAAAGAUAGGCCCCCCUUCCCACGCAGCCCUGAGCUGUCGGCAGAACAUUUGAUCAGCUUGAAGGAGGAGACGCAGCUGCUGAGUUUUACGAGCACUUCACAGAGCCAUGGAGGAGAACGAGCAACCGACAGGAGGGCCGUAUUUUGUGGGCAAGAAGGAUGAACUGAUUGAGGCAAAGCGCUCCUUCAGAACACUAGAGGACCGGGAUAUAGUCAUUAUCCACCAUCAGGGAGUCUUCUACGCUCUGGACUCUUACUGUUAUCAUGCUGGGGGAUUGCUGCAGAAUGGAGACAUUGAGGAGCUUAAUGGCAGGCUGUGCAUAAUUUGUCCGAAGCACAAGUACAAGAUCACGUUAGCCGAAGGGGAGAGCUUGUACAAGGCCAACGACCCCCAGGAGCCGCAGCCUGUUCCCAGAUGGUACUCGAAGGGCAUGAAGCAGCGGACGCACACAGUCACAGAGAUCAACGGGGAAGUCUUUGUCAAGCUCUCCAAGGACCAGGGCUGGCUGGAGUCAGACUUCUUCCAGGGAGAAAAAGGCAAGCUGGAAAGAGCAAAAGUAGAGGCAUCUGAACAGAAAGAAAAAGAAAAGAAAAAAGAGAAGAAAAAGCUUGAGAGCAACAAAUGAGGACUGGAUCUCAGUUGUCAUUGUUUGUCUCUCUGUUCUGCUCUAAAUGACUGUAUGUACAGGAUGUUGGCUGUUAGAUGACAUCCACACAGUGCUCCGUUUCAAGUAAACUUGGGCAGGAAUGGCCUCAAAAUGGGUCUUGUUUUUAAUGAGUGUGGGAGCAUUUAUAAUUUUAAAUUGCAUGGCCCAGAGCUUAUGUAAAAUGUUUUACUUCAAAGCAUGCCACUUUGCCAUUUUAUGUUUGUGUCUUCUUCAUUAAAUAAAUAUUUCUUUCAAUUA